UGUCAAAAUGUUUGUAAACGUUUUCACGUUACAUUAUUCACAGUAAUUUCUAGAUUUGUGUAAAAUUUAAGCGAAUCACAGAAAAUAGUGAAGUUUUUCACGAUGGGCUCUUCUAAAAAACACAAGAAGGAAUCGAAGAAACACAAAAAACGAUCUCGCAGUCGUACACCUCAAGAAAAACGUAGCCGUUCCUAUUCUGCGGAGGAUGACCGUGACGAAUACGAUCGUCGCCGGAAGGAUCAAUCCACUUCUAGCAGUCGGUAUGAAACGAUAGUUGUUGAAAAAGUCCACCGGCAUAAAAAGCACCGAAAGGAGAAGGGUUCUGGGGAAGAGCGUAAACAUCGAAAGAAACGUCGUUAUCCGGAGGAGGAAGAGGAAGAGACAGAAGUAAUUCAUAGCGGAAGCAGUUCUAGACAUCGUUACGAGGGAAAUGGACACGCAGCAAACAGAUCCCGUCACAAGCCCCGUCAAGAACCACAAUAUAUAGAAGUCGAUGAGGAUAGCGAUAGCUCGGAUUGCGUAGAGGUGCCGGUUGACGAUGACAUUCCGCCACCGCCACCGCCAAUUUCCAGGCGGGCGCCAUCACCUGCUCCGGUACCACAGGAGAAAGUCAGUAAAGUUUCGCGUACUCGUCGAGCGCCGACUCCUCCGUCAAUGUAUGUGAAUCGUAAAACUCCCUCUCCGCCGCGUGUUGCGCCGCCAUCAAGAAGACGAUCCCCUUCUCCCAAACUACCGAGAAGACAAUCACCCUCGCCACUUCCGGUAAGAACGCGAUCACCUUCACCACCUCCGAUGAGAAGACGAUCCCCGUCACCUCCCCCGGUCAAAAGACGAUCACCAGUUCCAUUGCCAUUGCGGAGAUCCCCUUCGCCACCCCCUGUACAAUCGAAGGUACCCCGCAAAAGAUCACCGUCACCUCCGGUAGUAAAGGCACCUCGGAGAAGAUCACCAUCGCCUUCAUCGGCGAGAGUGUCCCGCAGAAAAUCGCCUUCUCCCGUAAAAAGCUCCCGUCAACGAUCAAUGUCUCCGAUUCCAGAGAACGGAGCCGGAGAUGUGCUAUCGAUUGUAGAAACCAAUAAACUAAGAGCCAAACUAGGACUGAAGCCACUGGAAGUGGGUCCGUCGGAUGGUACUGUAUCGGCGUCGGCCGAAAAGGAACGAGAUGAAGAAGCACCGAAGAAUGAAAAGACCGGCCAUAGCUACGAAAAGAUCAAGGAUGACUGGGGUGAAUUUUAUCAUAAACCAGCUCUGAAUCAGGCGGAAAAAACUAAGGAGGAGAAAAUUCGCGAGAAGCUAAAGGAAAGAAAGGAGAAGCGGGCCGUCGAGGAUAAGCUGAAAAAGAAUAAGACGUUGGGGGAAGACGAAGAGAUGGAUGACGUGCGUAAUUGGGUUAUAAAAAGUCGCGAUAAGGAACGUUUAAGAAAGGAAGCAGAAAAUCGUGCCAAAUUGUUGGACCAACUGGAUGAGGAAUUUGGUGUUGGCGAUUUGGUAGAACAGGAAGUCAGUAAAACAAGAAAGGAAUCGUACAGAGACAAGGAUCUGAAGGGAUUGCGAGUGGAACAUGACGUGGAAGAGUUCAAGGAGGGUCGUCAAGUCAUUUUGACCCUAAAGGAUGCUGAUGUAUUGGACGAAGAAAUGGGUGAUACGCUGAUAAACGUUAAUAUGGUUGAUGAUGAGCGGUACAAAAAGAACGUAAAGAACAAGAAGGCUAAUCCGAAUCACUACGGAUACGACGUGUACUGUCAGGACGAUGUAGACGAAUUCGGUGUGCCGAAGGAAAGAGAUGUUCUGGGCAAAUAUGACGAAGAAAUUGGCGGUCACAAGAAGUCUAGCUUUACAAUUGGAUCCAACGCUGAACACGAGGCGAAUGAGAAACGAAGGCAGUUGGAAAUUAAAGCUAAACUGCAACACAAAAAGCUUGAUUCAUUGGAUUCAGUUCCGCUGGUUCUGGCUUCGGAAUACUUCAACGAAUCUGAGUUGUCAUCGUUUAAAAAGCCAAAGAAGAAAGUUCGGAAAAUUCGACAGAAAUUGCGUGCGGACGAUUUGCUCCCAAUGGCAUCGGAUGCUUUGUCCAGUAAAGAUUUGGGAUCCCGAGCACAUCGACGUGCGGAUCAAUCCGUCGGAGGACCAACCGAAUCCCACGCAUUGAAUCGCAGAAGGGAUAUUCUUCUUACAGAUGACACUCCGGUAAUUCAGGAAGAUUUAUCGAACGUUCGGGUUGAAGAGGAUGAUGAAGAUCUUCAAGCAGUCCUGUCGAAGGCUCGUCGUCUGAAACAAAAAGAGGCCAUUAUUUCCAAAACGCUGAACAUCGACCCGAACCUUAUCAAGAAAGAAAUUAAACACGAAAUGGAGUCGGAUGAAGACGAAGGAACCAGCUACGAUAGUCGAGUUCGCGAUGGUGCAAUUCUGUUGAAUGCCACCGCGGAGUUUUGUCGCACUCUCGGGGACAUUCCCACGUACGGUUUAGCUGGCAACAGAGACGAAGAUGUCAACGAUAUGAUGGACUUUGAGCAGAACAGCGACAAAGAGGAACCCGAGAUAGAGGAACGCUUCGGUGCUUGGAAUUCAGUUAAUACAGAACAAGAACGGGAGGAGCACACGAAUCCGGCUAUGGUUGAUGAUGUGGCCAUCUUAGACGAAGAACCGGAUGUAGCCUCGAGUGUUGCCGGAGCACUGAAGCUAGCUAAUUCCAAAGGAUAUCUUGAGAAGGAGGAAUCCAAUCGACCAAGUAAUGCGCGGUUCGCUCAUCUGCAAGCUCAAAACUACUCGAUCGAAGACAAGAACUACGGUGAUGACGAUAAGUAUGCUCGGCGCGAUCGAUUCUGCGGUCCGAUUAUGGAUUUUAAGGAGAAAGAAACGUUUAAACCGAAUGUUAAGUUGGAGUACAUCGACGAUAGUGGACAUUUGCUUACGCCGAAGGAGGCUUUCCGGUAUCUGUCGCAUAAAUUCCACGGAAAAGGUCCCGGAAAGAACAAGGUCGAAAAACGUUUGAAGAAAAGCGAGCAGGAGGGGUUGAUGAAAAAGAUGAGUUCCACGGAUACUCCGCUCGGCACACUGAACAUGCUCCAGCAGAAGCAAAAGGAAACACAGUCCCCGUUUAUUGUGUUGAGCGGUAGCAAGCAGAACACUAGUAUCGUUAAGCAUAAACGUUAACAAUCGCAACUGAGAUGUGGUGAAGACUAGUUUGAAUAUACACUAACCUAGACCUAGGCAUCAUGAGUUUGAAUAAAUAUUCGGCGAUAUGUGGUAAAGUUUUCACGA